UCUGAAUCCUACAAGAAAAGGAAGAGGUGAGAUGACGACGAUGAUGUCUCUCCCCAAAAUGAAACUAUCUUGCCUGCAACCUCACCUCCAUUUUAGCAGUAGCAGAUCAUUAGCAGCAGCUCAAGCUUUUCCGAGCUCAACCAUAACUAACAGAACAUCAUGUCUUGUUCGGUGCGGCUCAGCCAGAAGAAGAUUAACUUCGAAAAGGAGCAGAAGCAGCAAGCUUGAAAAGGCACAACAACCUCUGGGUUUGGAUCGACACUGGAGACAUGCUGUGGUUGGUGGAGUCUCCGUAGGGUUGAUGAUGGCUUUGGUAUUGGGAAUGGAUGCAGAGAAAGCUAUGGCGCUUGGACCGGAAGGUCCUUUAAUGGAAGAGUUUUGGGACAACGUGAGAAGGUACGGUCUUUACGCUCUCACGGUCAGUACCGGAGCCCUCUCCGCCGUCUUUGAGCCUAUCUUUGAACUCCUCAAAAACCCAAUCUCCGCCAUUCUCAUUCUGCUCAUCUUAGGUGGAAGCUUCUAUAUCGUCUCCCAAGUUGUCUCCGCCAUGAUCGGUGUCAACGAGUUCGCUUAUGAUUACAGUUAUUAACCAACUAUAGUUUGUUUUGUUCUCUUCAUAAGCAUGCUCUUGUCUUUUUGAUCUAUUUAUAAAUUUUGUUACAGAAUCAA